AUGUCACUUUUGUGGAAAAGAUUGCCUAUCGCAGUAAAAAGUAUGACUAUUGGUUGUACAGUUAUGGGCGGUUUUGUUGCUAUAGAGAAAUAUCAAAAUUACAAAGAUGACAUUGCCGAGGCGGAAAAUAGACUGGAAAAUCAUCAACGAGAUCGGGUGAAAAUCGGAGAGGCAAAAUUAAGAAAUGCUCUUGCAGACUCACAAAGCAAGGCGUUCCUAGAGCUAGAAAUGGACGGCCAACCGAUAGGGCGACUGACGGUAGCUCUUUACGACAGUAUCGUGCCAGAGACUGUUCAAAACUUCGCCGCGCUCUGUAAUAACCAGUGCUCGCCGAUUUACGCCGAGGGGAAGGGAAAACAGGACAUGAAGCUCAAAUUUGGUUACGCUAAAAAUAAGGCUCGUUUCUUCCGAGUUGUGCCUGGUUUCACUGCCCAGUGCGGAAUGCUGCCUCUAGAAGGGAAUAAGGGACACAUAUCGGGCAGGGGUUGUUACAGCUGA